AUCAACAACUUGAGCGGUUACAUGACUUCGUGAUGAUUGGUCAGCCUCCGGUAAAAGACCCUCCUUCUGCUGAGAUGAUUUCUACUCAACCAAGAUUGAAGCAUCUCUCUGGUGAUAAGCUAAACUUAUCCCCGGGAUGUUCUCAGGAUGGUCGUAAUGUGAGAUCCCGAAUCCAUGUAGAAUUCUCAGAGACUGAAGCGAUUAUCCAUGGCGGAGAAGGCAGAAGCAAAAAUUAUAAGUUGUUACCCAAUACCAUAAAGUCCCCAGUUUUUUCUUUGAGUUUUACUCCAUCAAGUAUUGACGGUCUUCGGUUCUCUGCUGCUGGGCAAACAGUUUCUGACUUGAGUGACAAAGAAGAACUCGAGGAUGUCGCCAUGGAGAUGGAGAGUGCUGGUGAUGUUCGCUCAUCCUCUGAAAACGGUGAUAAAGAAAAUUCCCAGGGUUCAAAACCGAAUGAAAUCCAUGGUGCUCUUGAUGUUGAUACGGGAAAUCCAGGGUCCUCGAACACUUCGGAGACCACCCAAGAAAUUUCCAAGCUUUGGAAAAGAAGAUUUUUAAGUUUUGAGCACGUUUAGGGGUCGGAAUAGACGAAACAGUAAACAUCCAGGAGACUUUCAGGAAAUUUUCAGCUGUCAUGUAGUCCAAUG